AUGGCGGAAAACAAGACAAUAGUAAUAUCUGAUGAUUUAAAAUUACAAUCUUUAUUAAAUUUAACAAUGACUUUGCUGCAAGAUUUUACAAACAAAAAUUCAACUCUUUUCAAUGAGGCAAUCAAAACGAAGUUAUUUGUUCAUUGUGACCAAAAAGGAAGGCAAAAAGCAAAGCAAGAAACAAUUUUUGGUAUAAUGAAUCAUUGA